UGCACUGUUGCGCGCUACAUCCCCUUUAACGAUUCUGAAUGGUUCAAUCCUAGGAGGCUGCCUGACACAGCAGAGAGAAGAGAUGCAGAUGCAGGCCCAGGAGCUCCUGAGACAGCUGCGGAUCCCAGAGCUGGAGGAUGUGCGCCAGUACAUGCACAGCCUGCCCGCCAACAUGCUGAUGGGCGUGGGCGCCCUCGCCGCCCUCACCACCUACUGGUACGCCACGCGGCCCAAGGCCCUAAAGCCGCCCUGCGACCUCAACAUGCAGUCAGUGGCCAUGGCGGGUGACGGUUACGUCAGGCGGUCCAUUCUGAACAACAGCGACGAACACAUGACUUACUACUACAGUGACGCGCGGACCAUGUACGAGGUCUUCCUCCGAGGCUUGCGGGUGUCCAAUGAUGGGCCCUGUCUAGGAUCGAGAAAACCCAACCAGCCUUACGAGUGGCUGUCAUACCGAGAGGUGGCAGACAAAGCGGAGUGCAUUGGCUCGGCUCUUCUCCACAGAGGGCACUCCCCGACUGGAGACAAGCAUAUCGGCAUCUUUGCCCAGAACAGGUCAGAGUGGACCAUUUCAGAGCUGGCCUGUUACACGUACUCCCUGGUGUGUGUCCCACUGUAUGACACGCUAGGCCUCGAGGCCAUUGAAUACAUCGUCGACCAAGCCGCCAUCUCUACGGUGAUCUGCGACUUGGCGGACAAGGCGCGGCUCAUCCUGGACUGUGUGAGCGGCAAGGAGCACACAUUGAAGACCAUCGUGCUCAUGGAGGCCUUCGACGAGGAGCUGGUGACCCGUGGGCAGCAGAGCGGCAUCGAGAUCCUCAGCCUGAAGGAUGUGGAGGCUGUUGGCAAGACCCACCACCAGCAGCCAUUGCCCCCAUCACCGGAGGACCUGGCACUCAUCUGCUUCACCAGUGGAACCACAGGAAACCCAAAGGGUGGAAUGCUUACACAUGGCAAUGUUAUCGCCAAUUGUGCUGCUUUCAUCAAGAUAACAGAGGUGCACUGCAUGCUGAACCUCCACGACAUUCACAUGUCCUACCUACCUCUAGCACACAUGUUUGAGAGGGUAGUGGAGGGAGUGAUCCUGGUGCACGGUGCCCGGAUUGGCUACUUUCAGGGGGACAUCCGGCUCCUGAUGGACGACCUGAAGACCCUGCAGCCCACAGUCUUCCCUGUGGUCCCCCGCCUGCUCAACCGCAUGUUUGACAAGAUCUUCGGACAGGCCAACACGCCACUGAAGAGGUGGCUGCUGGUUUUCGCCUCCAGGAGGAAGCAUGCAGAGAUGAUGAAUGGUGUGGUCAGGAAGGACAGCUUGUGGGACAAGCUUGUCUUCCAAAAAGUCCAGAACAGUCUUGGGGGUCGUGUGAGGCUGAUGAUCACAGGAGCGGCCCCAGUGUCUCCAACCAUCCUGACCUUCCUUCGGGCCGCUCUUGGCUGCCAGUUUUACGAAGGCUAUGGUCAGACUGAGUGCACAGCCGGGUGUACCAUGUCCAUGCCUGGGGACUGGACAGCAGGUCAUGUGGGAGCUCCACUGCCCUGCAACUAUGUAAAGCUGGUGGACGUGACUGAGAUGAACUACUUUGCUGCCAAUGGGGAGGGAGAGGUGUGUGUGAAAGGACCAAACGUAUUCAAGGGCUACCUAAAUGACCCGGAGAAGACCAAGGAGGCCUUGGAUCAGGAUGGCUGGCUCCACACGGGAGACAUUGGGAAGUGGCUGCCUAAUGGCAUUCUGAAAAUCGUGGACAGGAAGAAGCACAUCUUCAAGCUGGCUCAAGGAGAGUACAUUGCCCCGGAGAAGGUCGAGAACAUCUACAUCCGGAGCAACCCAGUGGCCCAGAUCUUUGUCCAUGGCGAUAGCUUGCAGGCAUGCCUGGUGGGCAUUGUGGUGCCUGAUCCGGACUUCUUACCAGGAUGGGCAAAGAAGAAGGGCAUUGAGGGUUCUUAUUUGGAGAUGUGCGCAAGCAAGGAGUUGAAAAAUGCCAUUCUGGAGGACAUUCUGAGGCUGGGGAAAGAAGGGGGGCUGAAGUCUUUUGAGCAGGUGAGAGAUAUCUUGCUGCACACGGAGAUGUUCUCCGUCCAGAACGGCCUCCUGACGCCCACGCUCAAGGCCAAGAGGACCGAACUCCGCAGUCACUUCCGAGAGCAGAUUGACCUGCUCUAUGCCAAGAUCAAGAUGUGAACUCCCGGUAGAGGGGAAAGGGAAGCAGAGGGUGACAAUCAUCUGGAAGCCAUAGCCAGCUCCCCUUGACUGUAAUGCUCAUCAGAGAGGACGGUUGUGCCCUUCCUUGUCUACUGUGACGAAAAGUGUCUUUGGUCCCCUUGCGCUGUAGAAAAGAUGGAGCGUGAGAGAGGGAGGGAGACGGUUAUGUUAGAGGCCUAGACUGGGAUUCGAACAAACGCAGGUAGACCCAUGCACUGCGAUUAGACUUUUAAAGGCGAUUACCCAGACAUUCGCAGAGAUCAUGUUCGUCAUAAACUCAGCGCAUUUCAGCGCAAUCACUUUUAGAAGUAAAUUGCAGUGCACAGGUCGUUUAUCUAAAAAAAAUUAUAUCUAGGCUGUAGUGAAAGGGGGAGGGGUUCAUGCCUUACUGUCCAUGUGGCUCUGUGUCAACCAUUCCUGUCAGCCAUUUCAAGUGCCGAUCAAGUCGCCUGUUUGGAGUUUUUCUCGGCUAUCUCACGGUCUGUAAUCCCUCAGUUGUGUCAGUUUUCAAUUAACCAAUUUUUACUAAUCAUCUCUAAGUUCUGACAAAGUUUAGUUUUAUUCUCUUAUUUUUGUUUGUGUAUCUGCUUUUUUUAUGUUGUAAGACCACACCCAUGCAGACAUUUCAGUUGUUGAAAGACAGACAAAUCCCCAUACGCAACAUAUUAGUACUGCCUUGUUCAACUUCAGAAAUACAGUAGCUAUUUAUAGCAGUCUAUUUAAUGUUUUAAUUUAAGUUGAUAUUUAAUAUCAUCGAUUAAUGUUACUGUUAAUAGUGUAUCAGUAGAAAAAAAAGUCACGAGAGGACAUCAAUGGAUCACGGUUGAUACAGUAGAAGUGCCAUGUUUUCUUUAUUUUUUCAACGUUGUACUGUCAAAGUCUAAACCUUUCUGAACCUUUCCAGAACAAUUUUAGCACAAGACAAGUAGGAAGAUGUCCAUUCAGAAAGGUGUUCUGUUAUGAUCUUGUGAACUGCUAAUGGCACAAAACCCUGGCAAAGGAAACAAGCCUCCCACACAGCAGGGAUAAAAGACUAGGUUGUGUGUUUUCGUUCUGGUAUUGCACAUGCAAAGUGCAACCAAUGUCUCUGCUCUCACACAGAAACAUUUAUUCCGUAAGUGUCUUUUUAAAACUACAGUGGUCUCAAUGUCUCAAAGCACACGCUGGGACCUGUCCUAUCCACAGAAAGCAUAGUCCUGUCUGCCAAUGGGAAUCUGGGUCGUAUUCAGAAGGCAACAAUCAGGAGCCAGCUGCCCAAUUCCGAUUCUCUCCCCGAAAUGUGCACUCGUUCACUCCCCCUGAUGGAUGUAAAAGGAAUAAUUGGGUGUAAGAAAUGGUGCAAAGUCUCUCGAGCUAGCCCAUGCUUACACAAAUCCAAUGCUUUUAAAUAAUGUUUUCAAACGGAGGUGGUAAAACUGACCUUUGUCCAAUUGGAAUGCACACUCACCAUCCAUUUGAAGAUGUUUGCUCCCAUUUGAUGCCUAAUGAAGGAUACCCUGGAGAUUGAUCAGAUUAAGCUGGUUUAAGCUAGUACCAAGCCAUGGCUCGCUGGCCCCUUGCAAGUUUGCUUUUUUUGGACAAAAAUAGUGACGACUUUGUGUUAGGCCUAACCAUCAUUUACCUCUAUAUAAGGAACCACAUUAUAGACAUUUCAGUCUCCUUUGAGAUCUAACAAAGAAAAAAAGGGUCCUUUGUGAAUUCAGGUUAUUUAACAAUGAAUUAAGCGCUCAUGAUGCACUUUGACCUGUUUGUUAACAUUGUUCUGUACAUGAUUAGGUUUAUCUGCUUGAUCACAUGUUUCAAGACACCGUCACAGAUGGCCAAUACUAGGAACUUGAGCUCUCCUUAAAUCGACAUAGCAGUGUUCGGUUUCGAUGUGUUUUGUACAGGAGUAAAAUUCAUACCUUUCAUUUACUCAACUGUACCAAAUAAACACUUGUUUGUCCCAGCUC